AGCAGGGAGGCGGUGGCGGGGGGCGCGCCUCAAGGAGGGGAGGCGUGGCUUAGGCUGCGGGGCUAGGUGGCUGGGGGCCUCGGUGCUGGGACCCGUGACACUUCUCACGCUUUCCAGGGGCGGGAGGGACAGCCAUGCUUUUGUCUGGGGGCAAACCCCCAGCGCAGGAAUGGUUCAUGGUGCAGACAAAAUCGAAGCUCCGGGUGCACCGGCAGCGGCUACAAGUCCAGCGCAUCUUCAGGGUCAAGGUGACCGCUUUCCAGAGCCGUCCUGACACUCCUUACUUUUGGCUGCAGCUGGAGGGGCCCCGGGAAAAUACGGGCAAAGCCAAGGAAUAUCUGAAAGGUCUGUGCAGCCCAGAGCUAUGGAGGGAGGUUCGCUACCCACCAGUCCUGCACUGCGCCUUCCUUGGGGCACAAGGCUUGUUUCUGGACUGCCUCUGCUGGAGUACGCUGGCCUACCUGGUGCCUGGUCCCCCUGGCUCCUUAAUGGUGGGUGGGAUGACCGAGUCUUUUACCUUGACCCAGAACUGGCUGGAGGAGCUGGUGGCACGGCUGCGCUGGGGCCCUGCCCCAAUGAUCACCCCCAGAGGGGUUUGGGAGACAGAGGUGACCCGGGCUUUUGGGACUCUGGUGUGGAUCCGUGGUGGCAAGUACGCAGGAGACCUGCUGCAGCUUCCUCCAGCAGUGCAGGAGCUGCUGCUCAGUCUGGUCCGCGACGCCGCUGGCAAGGAAGAUAUCAUUGAGUGGCUUGGCCACUUUGGCAUCUCCAGUACUUGCCCCCACCCGGAGAUCCUGGUCUGCAUUGCCCGGCAGCAGAAGGAAAACUCAUCCCCGGUGACCGACGGAGAGAGCCCUGGAAACCUCCAAGAGAUCGGAACCUUGAAUCGGGCUUCAGAAAAUUCAAAGAGAUUAACAAGUUCGGGAGCAGCUGGGUCCCUGGGCCCAGCUCAGAGCACCCCGCAGGAGACAGCACCACAGCUAGCAGGAGACCAGUCCAGCAAGCAAGGUGAUGAUGUCAACAGUGUCGGAGAGGAAGGGGCCACUACACAAGACGUCAGCAGCCAGGACUCUGAGAGCCACACCCCGGCCCUCUUGCAGCAAAAGCAGGUACCGAAGACGGAAGACAGAAUCUCCUUGCUGUCGCCAGUGUCGGCUCUGAGCGCCUACACUUCCUGGAAGGUCUGGACCCCAGGGUCAGGCUUUGGGCCCUCGUGGCCAGGGACCAUUGCUGCCACCUUCUGGAAGAUCAAUGAACUGCAGUCUCUUCACCUAGCCUGGCUGGUGUCCCAGGUUUGCUUCCAUUUCCCCUUCUGGCAUAGGCCCACCGGCCCCAUUCAGCUGAAGCUGCCAGGACAGAAUCCUUUGCCCUUAAAGCUGGUAUGGAAGCAGAAAGAGCUGGUUCCUCUGCCCAGUGCAGAAAGCCCAGCUUGUAGACCCGCGGGGGAGCUAGGAAGGGAGACAGCCCUAAAGCAUAGCCCAAGGCCAGAUAUGCCCACCAAAAUCUUCAGUUUAUCGGUUGUACCAGGGGACUGUGGUAUCAAAGAGAAGGUUAGCCCAGGACUUCUGCAAGAAGGGCCAUCUUCGACAUCCGUACCCCAAGUUGGAGCUAAGCAGGGAGGUGAAGGAAGUGCACUGUCUGGUUGUAAAGGUCUGGAAGAGCCGUCCUCUUUAGCACUGUCCACAGCUCAAGAGAGUCCACUGGCUCAAACCGGCAUGACAGGUCACUCAGUACCUGAAGCUCCAACGAUGUCUGAAACUCUUGAAGUGUCCACAGCUGCAGAGAUGUCCAACAUUGAACACCCAGCCACCGAGGGGGCGCUGCCUGCAACUCCCAAAGUGCCUUCGGCUCCAACAGAACCAGCCGCUCCUGCCACACCCACAGCCCCCCAAACUCCUACAGCUCAGAAAACGCCUACAGUGGAAACACCUGCAGGCCCCCAGGUCCCCAGAGUUCAAACUGAGACCAUAGCUAAAGCAGGGUCCGAAGCUCCCAAAGCGCCUGCGGCUUCUAAUUUCUCCAGAGCUUCUAAAACACCAGAAGCUCAGGUGUCUGCAGUUGCAGGGCCAGCCGUGGAUGCAGCCAAACUCCUGAGUGAGGAUCAGGCUUUACAGAGUAGAGCCACCAUGCUGAGAGGCCAGGGAAAGGCUGGAAGGCAGGGUUUCCAGUCCAGUAGCACCAUGAGCCCCAGAAGUAAGCAUCCGUUCCUAAGGGAGGGACUUCUUGGGGCUUGGGAGGGGUCCCAGAGGCUGUCGCCUCACUCCCAGGGCACCAGCAUAGUGACCAGCUUCCAGAGGUACAACGAGGCCUUGAAUACACCCUUCGAGAUGAACUUAUCUGAGGAGCCUGGGGACCCAGGUCUGCGGAGAGUGGUCAUCGACGGCAGCAGUGUGGCCAUGGUGCACGGUCUGCAGCACUUCUUCUCAUGCCGAGGCAUCGCCAUGGCCGUCCAGCACUUCUGGAAUCGCGGGCACCGAGAGAUCACCGUGUUUGUACCCACCUGGCAGCUGAAGAAGAACCGAAGGGUGAGAGAGAGCCACUUUCUGACGAAGCUUCACAAACUCAAGAUGCUUUCGAUCACCCCCUCCCAUCUGGAAAACGGCAAGAAGAUCACCACUUACGAUUAUAGGUUCAUGGUAAAACUGGCAGAGGAGACAGACGGAAUCAUUGUCACUAAUGAGCAGAUCCACGUCCUAAUGAAUAAUUCCAAGAAAAUGAUGAUCAGAGAUCGCCUGCUGCCCUUCACCUUUGCCGGGAGUCUCUUCAUGGUACCAGAUGACCCCCUGGGCCGUGAUGGCCCCACCUUGGAAGAAUUUCUGAAGAAGCCAAACAGGUUGGACAUGGACAUUGGCAAUUUCUUGAAGGUGUGGAAGACCCUGCCUCCCAGCUCAGCCAGCAUCUCUGAGCUGGGUGAUGAUGCAGAUGCCGAACCUUUGGAGGAUCCACAGACCGUAGAAGAAGGGGAGAAGGGGGAGGAGAGCCUGGAAGAGGAGCUGAUGGAGGAGUCAGGAGUCCCAAAGCCCGACGAAGAAGAUGAACAGGACUCUAACCCCGUGUCGGUGUUCGGGUUCGAGUGCCCUUCCUUUUCCGAGGAAAUCCUCCAGUGCCUCAGCCUGCAUGACCCCUCGGAGGGGGCUUUGGACAUCGACCUUCUGCCCGUGGUGUCCUCUCCCUACCUGGACGCCCCCUGGGACGGGAAGGCUCCCAGUCAGCAGGUUCUUGCUCAGCUGGCACAGCUCACCAUCCCCAGCAACUUCACCGCACUGUCCUUCUUCACGGGCUUCACGGACUCCCACCGGGAUGUCAUACCUGACUAUGAAGUCCUCGUGGGCCCCCUGCACAGCCUCCUCAAGCAGAAGCCGGACUGGCAGUGGAACCAGGACCACGAGAAGUCCUUCCUGGCCCUGAAGCGAGCCCUAGUGUGCGCCCUCUGCCUGUCAACCCCCAACCCCAACCUGCCCUUCUACCUGGAGGUGACCGUCAGCCAAGUGUCGCUGACGGCCAGCCUGCAUCAGGAGCACUCCGGAAGGAAGCACCCGGUCGCUUAUACCUCGAAACCUCUCCUCCCCGAUGAGGACAGCGAGGGCCCUCAGUCAGGGGGGGACAGCCCCUAUGCUGUGGCUUGGGCCCUCAAGCAUUUUUCUCGCUGUGUUGGAGACAAUCCAGUUGUUCUACGUCUUUCCUAUGCCUCCCGGACCAGCGUGGAUGAUGAGGCGUGGGAUAGCCGUAGGGCUUCCAAAGCGUGGUUGAUUCGGUGGUCUCUCUUGCUGCAGGACAAAGGCAAGAGGGAACUGGAAUUGUCCCUUCUCCAGGGCCUGCAGGGGGACAACCAGCUGCUGACGCCCGCUUCCUCACUGCCCCGAGUUUUCCAGCUUCUGCCUCCUUCCUCUGACCUGUCUACUUUUAUCUGUGUCCAUGUGUCCGGCUAUUGCUUCUACCGUGACGACGAGUUGUGUGCUGGUUUUGGUCUCUACAUCUUGUCCCCCACCAGCCCUCCAGUCUCCCUCGCCUUUUCCUGUUCCCCUUACACCUCCACCUACGCCCACCUGGCAGCCGUGGCCUGCGGCCUAGAGCGCUUCGGCCAGUCCCAGCUCCCGGUGGUUUUCCUCACCCACUGUAACUGGAUCUUCAGCGUUCUCUGGGAGUUCCUGCCACUCUGGAAGGUCCGGGGCUUCCUGUCCUCUGACGGGACGUCACUACCUCAUCCAAGCCUGCUCUCCUAUGUCAUCUCUCUCACAUCUGGCUUCUCAUCCCUUCCCUUUAUCUACCGAACCUCUUAUCGGGGCUCUCUGUUUGCUGUGACAGUGGACACUCUGGCUAAGCAGGGUGCCCAAGGGGGCGGGCAGUGGUGGGAUUUGCCAAAGGAUGUGCCGGUGCCAACGGUGACUCCUCAUACUAAGUGCAGGAAGCCCAACUUGCUGGCCUUACAGCUGAGUGACAGCGCCCUGGCCGAGAUCAUCACCAAGCUGCAGGCAGGGCAGAAAUUGUCCGGGCCGUCCCCUUUCAGUUCUGCCUUUAGUUCCCUCAGCCUGGACCAAGACAGUGGUCUGCUCAUGUUCAAGGGGGAAAAGAAUCCCAGGGUUUGGGUCGUCCCAAGGCAACUUCGGAGGGAUCUGAUUUUCUCUGUGCAUGACAGCCCCAUGGGGGAGCACCAGGGGAUAGAGGACACCUACAAGACUGUGAGACUGCUGGGGUGGUGGCCUGGGAUGCAGGAGCACGUGAGAGAUUACUGCAGGAGCUGUUUGUUCUGCAUUCCCCGGAAUCUCAUAGGUGGGGAGUUGAAAGUUAUCGAGUCCCCGUGGCCUCUCCGGUCGACAGCUCCCUGGUCCAGUCUGCAGAUCGAGGUGGUGGGUCCGGUCACUGUGAGUGAAGAGGGUCACAAGCACGUGCUCAUCGUGGCUGAUGCCAACACCCGCUGGGUGGAGGCAUUCCCCCUGAAGCCCUACACGCACGUGGCUGUGGCCCAGGUGCUACUGCAGCACGUGUUCGCAAGAUGGGGCAUCCCCAUAAGGCUGGAGGCGGCCCAGGGCCCCCAGUUUGCCCGGCAUGUCCUGGUGAGUUGUGGGCUGGCCCUAGGAGCCCAAGUGACCACGUUGAGUAGGGCCCUCCAGUUCCCCUGUCUGAUGAGUUCAGAGGCCUACUGGGAAUUUAAGAGGGCCCUGAAGGAGUUCAUCUUUCUGUAUGGCAAGAAGUGGGCAGCCUCUCUGCCCUUGCUGCAUCUGGCUUUUAGGGCCUCCACUCCGGAGGCCACACCAUUCCAGGUGCUCACCGGGGGUGAGAUGAGGCUGAUGGAGCCUUUGUGGUGGGAGAUGAGCCGGGCGAACAUUGAAGGGCUCAAGAUGGAUGCUUUCUUGCUGCAGCUGAUGCGGGAGCUGUUGGAUCUCCACUGGAGGGUGGCCGAGAAGGCCGGCGAGAAGGCAGAAAACAGGCGCUUCAAGAGGGAGAGCCAGGAGAAGGAGUGGUCUGUAGGUGACCAGGUCCUCUUGCUGUCUCUCCCCAGGAAUGGCAGCAUUGCCCAGUGGGUGGGUCCCUUCUAUAUUGGGGACCGGUUGAGCCUAUCGCUCUACAGGGUGUGGGGCUUCCCCAUCCCAGACAAACUGGGCUGUAUCUAUCCUAGCAGCCUAAUGAAGGCCUUUCCCAAGAAUGACACACCCCUGUCCCUUGACUUGGAGCAGUGAGUUGGAGCAGUCAGGGAGCUGCCUGUCGGAGGGGCCCCGCCUUUCUGCUGCUAGUCCUCCCUCCUGAUCUGAGCAGAGCUCUCUGCUCUUCAGGGCCCCUCAGUUGUGCCUUUUUGUGGAGAAGUUCCUUUGUAAAGCUUUGCUGAAUUGCCUUGAGCUAGGGAUGAGUGUCCCUACAACACUUGCCCAGAUAGGGGUGUUUGGAGAAUGUGCCAAAUGUUGUCCUCUGGGGGGCUCUGGCGGUUUUUUAUACUCGGGAGCCAGAGAGUCUCCUUAACAGGCGAGGCCAGGCUCACAGCUUCCCCAAGUGCUGCCUUCCGCCCCUUACACACUCAGGUGUAUAUUGGUGUGUGCACCCUCCCCAGUGUCUUACACCCAACACAUUACACUUAAUAGUGUGGAUUUGGACCUCCUGGUGGGUAUCACGGCUCUCUCCCAUGUGAGUGCCUCCCCUCCCCCAUAGAUCUGGCAAGCCUUUACUCCAGGAGUUCUCAGUGGCACAGACACUGGCAGCAAGAAGGUAGCAGUUCUCCAGUCAGCCUCCUUGGCCAGCACCGGGACACCUGUUAAGAAAGGGUUGUAGCCUUCCCUUGCCUCCUGGAGGCUGGCUCUGGGUGGCAGUCAUCAGCCAUAAGCCAUCUAUGUGUUCGUAAGGGGAGGUGGGAGGGGAUGGAUUGUCCUACCUCAUUUGAUUCCAGUCAACAGAGAUGAUUCCAGACCCCUGCUGUGAUGGUGGUCACCUCACAGGAAUCAAGGACCUUGAUACCAAGCGAGGCAUCUGUACCGGAAGAGCUGCUUCUAUUAGGUUCAGUGGUGUUCAUGCUCUGCUUACCCGUGGCCGGGCGCUGGGUGGCUUUUCCUCUUGUUCCUCUGACUCUUCUCACGCCCUGCCAAAGCACCCAGCCCUCUCCUGCCUGCAGCAGACCCAUCUCCUUCCAUGGGACUGCUUUGUCCUGGUCAGCUGCAGUACCCGGAGUCUGCCUCUGUGUGGCGCCCCCUUACAGCCGGCGUGCAGAGCUCACUCUCGCAGUGGGAGUGAGUGGGCCUCUCAUAAUCCGGAGGGCUGAUUCUCACCGCUCCGCAUUUCCACACAGCCGAACUGGAGAGAGAGGCUAGCACCAGGCCACUCUGGCUCGGAUUCCUAGUAGCUCAUUUCUCCAGGAGCCGAUCCAGUUGUCUGGCUGAGCUCCAGUUGCCAGACCCGCAGAAUGCUAGGUCCCGAGGAGCCCAGCUUCUUUCAGAGCAGAGGAAGGAGGGAAAUGACAUGCCCACAGUCACACAGCUAGUUGGUGGCUGAGCUGGGACCCGGAUGAACCUUCCUGACUUCAAGUUCACCACGAUAGGGGUUCUAGCAACAUGUUUAAACAUGAGAAUCCUUUCCGAUUUUGUACCUCUGUUUCCUUUGAUACCUUUCCCUAACCCUUCUAGAUAAACUACCUGGAUGCUGUACUUCAGCCAAUCCAGCUGUCAGCCCUGCCCAGGAAGGAAUGCUGGGUGCUCCCCGGGAGGCUGAAAGGUUAGCUGUAGAAUUUUUAGCAGGUACUGUAUUUCCUCCCACUGCCUCUCCCUUGCUCCCUCCCCCCACCUUCGUAUAUUAAUUAGUUAGCCUCACUCUCCCACCCCAGGGCUUUAUUCAAACCCCUCUUCCUGUUAAGUACAAUUUCCAUCAUAUGCUCUUUCAAGUGAUUUUUAUUUUAUUUUUCAAUAAAUCAAUUAAAAUGGA